AUGAAACCACACCACCAUCAAAAAAGAAAUAACCAAUCUUUAACUGCAUCAUCACCAAUUCUAUUCGGUAAAAUUCCUCAUGUAGUAGAAUUGUCAUCAUCACAACAAACGAAUUAUCACAAUAAUGAAGAAGUGAAAUCGUUAACUGUUUCGGAAGAACAAUCUUGUGGAAACAUGACAAGGAAGGAACAUAAACCGAGGAAAUCCAGAGAUUUUGCAAAUAGGAAUGUGAAAAAGCAUGCUGACUCUAAAAACAAACGAAAAUUGACCAAUAAUUUUGUGCAUUUACCUUGUGAAUUAGUAUUGCAUAUUGUAGAAUAUUUGGAGUUUUCACAAUUUAUUCACAUCUUUCUAUUGUGUAAAAAUUUAACAAACAAAUUGAAUGAAAAUUCCUCUCAAUUCUACAAACUGCUAUUGAUUAGAAUUAUGAAAAGUGAUAUUUCCAGCUAUAGGAGAUAUUUAGAGGAGAGAACCAAGUAUAAUUCCUGUCCAUUCUCAUUCGAUAUUAAGAGCACUUGCUUUAAGGCAAGAGGAAUUGUACAGUGGAAAAGGUUGAUUGAAAAGAGAGAGCACGAAUUGGAUAAUCAUUUGAAUAAGAAACGAAAAGAACUCAAGGAUUGGAAACAAGUUUAUGACGGCUAUUCGAGGAGAAGAUCCAUUGAGCAUGUCAUGUUUAGAGUGAAAACUGUUUCGAAAGCUUGUUGGAAGAAUGAUAAGUCCUUGAUUCUUGUUUUGAAAAUGAUAACUCAAUUGAGGGAGAAAUUGUUGAAAUUGGACCCUGAAUUGAGAAAGUACAUUGUACAGAGAAAUUAUGGAAAGAGAAUCAAAAGAGGACAUACACUCUUCCAUCAAAUAGUUUAUCUGAUUGGAAAUUAUUCAGAAAUUCGAUAUGAUUAUGAAUCUAUUCAACCUUUCGUACCCCAUCUCAAGUUUCUAAUUGGAUGUUGUGGAGAAGAAAAUCCUCUCUUUACCAGAAAUUCAUACAAUUACUCUGGAAUGGAUUAUAUUGUGAGAAUUGGGAGUUAUGCACUCAUAUCAGAGAUGGUCUAUUCGUACUCUCAUCUAUUGAAAGGAUCAGAUUUAUCAACAUUUGAAAGGAAACCAUUCUUGUUUUCCAUGAUUAAGAACAAGAUUGCUAGCACAGUUAUUAAGAAUUGGAUUCAAAAGUUUGAAUUUCCAAAAUCCUCUUUGACUAUUCGAAAUCAUCUCAAUAUGAAUAUUCUUCACUAUCUGAUGCACUUUGUAUUUAAAUAUGGUACCCAAGACUUUUCACAAUUCGUUUACCUUCUGAAAAGUGAAUUAUCUGAAGAGCAAGUACUAGCAAUGCUAAAGGGAAAAGAUGAUUUAGACGAAACACCAAUGUCUAAACUCCUUUCUAUGUGUGAAAAUAAUCAAAGGAAUUCCAGAGUAGGAAUAAUCAAUUGGAAGAAUCUUAAAAGACUGUAUGGUCUGGUCAAUAUGAUGGCUAUUCGCUUGGGAUAUGAUAUGAGUAGUGAGGAAUUGGAUCGUUGGAAUAAUUUAUUGAGAAAUAAUGAUGAAAUAUUUGGAGAUUCUUGUUCGAAAUUUCAUCUUUCUGAGGGAGUUAUUGAAAUGAUGAGAAAAGGAAUGUGA